AUGUGUCAUUUGAAACUUGCCUUCAUGACAGUGACACUGACACAUAUUUAAAAAUAAACAUUAAAGUUAAGUUCCCAUUAAAUUUAAACUUAAAUAGUAAAAGAUAUGUAGGUGUUUUAAACACUGCUGUGCUUGAUAAACUAAAAAUAAAGUAUUGUGAUAAUUUCAAUAAGAAUUAAAACAUUGAACUAUUUCCAUAAAUAAAUAUAACACCAGUUACAAGUUGAUGUUAUUAAAAAGAAUGGUUCACACAAAAUGCAGAGACAUAUUCUAUCCAUUUAGUGAGGUUAAGCGAUUCCAAAUAAAAGAUGAAGAAGUGCCUUGGUCAGUCAGUCUCAAUAAAUAUGAUCCACCUGAAUACAAUUCAAAAGUUCUAAUUAAUAAACCUUGGGCGGAUCCCCCUCUUAACGAUGGCGUUUUCAAUCCAAAGUGGAAUCAAUUAGAUGGAAAAAUUAACAGGCAAAGCCAUACAGGUACUUACAACAUUGUUGAUGGCAGACCACUGAAUCCAGAAGGAAGAACAGGAAUUAAAGGAAGAGGAGUUCUAGGUAAAUGGGGACCAAACCAUGCAGCAGAUCCUAUUGUUACAAGGUGGAAAAUGGAUAACAACUUAAAAGUUAUAAAUAAGAGUACAAAUUUGCCCAUUCUUCAGUUCUGUGCUAUUCAAAGAAAAGAUAGUAAACAUUGGGCUAUACCAGGAGGUAUGGUGGAUCCAGGAGAAAAAGUGAGCGAGACACUCCAUAGAGAAUUUCAAGAAGAAGCCCUAAAUAGCCUACAAACAUCUAAAGAACAGGCAGAAAGAGAUGCUCAAAUAAUAAAAGAUUUUUUCAAAACUGGUGUAGAAAUAUAUAAAGGGUAUGUGGAUGACCCUAGAAAUACUGAUAAUGCAUGGAUGGAAACAGUGGCGUACAAUUUCCAUGACGAUGACGGUCGCCACGUUGGAAAGUUUAAUUUGACAGCGGGUGAUGAUGCGCAAAAUGUUACGUGGAUGGAUAUCGAUAGAAAUUUGGAUUUGUACGCAAGUCAUUCCAGUUUUAUUAAAGCUGUUGUGGAUAAACUAGGGAGCCACUGGUGAGAUAUCUAUGCGAAUAAAAUAAGAAUAAAUCUGUACUAAGUAAAAAGAUCUUAUCAAAAAUAUCGAUUUUGACUAAGUUUUUCAGUACGUUAAAAAAUCGAUAAAAAGUAAUAGAAAUGGACUGAUUUUCAUCUCUAUUUUAAUACUUCAAAAAAUGCGUUAAAAGUGUUAAUCACUUUUUGCCGAUUUUUUCAACGAACUAAAUAACAGUAAGAAUAUAUAUUUUUGGACUUAAGACCUUUUUACUUAUGAGUACAGAAUUUACACCUAUGUAUUUUCUAAACAAUAAAGAUAUUUUCGUUAAA